CGUGUUCGUCCACUCUCACACCCUAUUUAUGCCCUCAGACUGAUAGAAACACAAAUCCGGCUUCCCCAGUUUCGGUUCUAACGCCAAUCCAAGCUUCCUUUCGAACCGUCCGUUUCUCGUAAUCUUUCGCUCUGAAAUGGCAAUGCGUCUGAACGCAAUCGGGCAUCCAGUUCUAGUAUUCCUCGCGAUUUGGGCUCUGACGGCGGUUUCCGCCCGACACCAUGCUCCGGCACCGGCAGCUGACUGCAACAGCGUCAUACUGAACCUGGAGGACUGCCUGACCUUCGUUACCAACGGCAGCGUGCUGAAGAAGCCGGAAGGAAACUGCUGCCCCGGGCUGAAAAAGGUGCUGAAGACCAACGCCGAGUGUCUCUGCGAAGGCUUCGAGAAAAGCGCGCAAUUGGGAGUGGUUCUCAAUCUCACCCAGGCCAUGUCGCUCCCCGCUGUCUGCCGUGUCUCCUCUCAUUCCGCCACCACCUGCGCCUUGACUAGUGGAAGCACUCCAUCGCCUGCUCCAUCUCCUUCGGCAUUGCCACAAAGCUCCACUGCAGCUGCACCUACGGAUGCUGUUGGGGGAAUUACCAGUGUAACCAGUCCAACAACCUCCCCAGGAAGCUCAGCUUCUUCUUCUCUUGCACUUUUUAUGCCCAUUGGGUCCUUUUCCUUUACCCUGCUCACUUUAUUCUUGUCAUUCUAAAAGAGAAGCAGGGGGGGCAAACUGUGUUGUGGUGUUUCUAGUUAUUGCAGGUCAUUUAGUUUUGCUCAUGUUUUUGGAGAUCACCUGGAUGUGUCUAUGGAAGUGAAUGUAGCUAUUAGUAGUGACAUUAGUAGAUAGCUGUUUCAUAGUUCGAUUGACCUGAAUAUAUGUCGCAGAGUGCAUCUUUUGCAUGAGCCUUUUAUCUUUGAACAAUUCUGCUCUGUGGAGUGUGGUUUAAUUAGAUUUACGUAUGUGUCCAAUCAGACGGUAUGUUUAAGUGUUUAAAUUAUAAGUCGUUUAUAGCUUUUCCAACA